AAUGUGGAAAUUGGAUCACUUCCGACUGAAUUUGAUUCUCCAUCAAAAGGCAAGCGUAUCAGAACUGAGACGAGUCAGCCAUCUGGAGAGCAAAGUGCAGAGGAAGAUAAUCUUUUGAGCACGUUGCCUAUUUCACAUGAAAUUAAAUUAAAUGACCAUUUUAAGAGCAUUACAGCAUUGGCUCUUGAUCCUGCUGGCGCGCGGUUGAUCACCGGAAGCUAUGAUUAUGACAUAAAGUUUUGGGAUUUUGCAGGAAUGGAUUCUAGCUUGCGUCCAUUUCGUAGUCUUCGUCCGUGUGGUGAUCACCAAAUUCAUCAUAUCGAAUAUAGUUUAAGUGGUGACCAGUUCUUGAUUAUUUCCGGUUCUGCACGACCAAAAUUAUAUGAUCGAGAUGGAUUCGAAAUCGAAGAGUAUAUUAAGGGUGAUCCUUAUAUACGUGAUAUGAGAAAUACAAGUGGACACGUGGCUGCAUUAACAUCUGGAGGAUGGCAUCCACAUGAUAAAAAAUGCUUUUUUACAGCCUCUGCUGAUAGCACGAUAAGAUUAUGGGAUGUGGAAAAUAAGCGUAAACAGAAACAAGUUAUUGUGUUUAAAACUAAAGAACGUGGCGGUAGGACUAUAGUCACGGCAGUUGCAUAUAGUCCCGAUGCUAAAUUAAUCGCUGCUGCUGCCCAAGAUGGCAACUUGUGUCUCUGGCCUGCAAAUGGACCAUAUGCUCGUCCUUCGCACACUAUAGAAAAGGCACAUUCACCACACAGUGAAACAUCCUCAAUAAUAUUUUCGCGUAAUAAUUGGACAAUAGUUACAAGAGGCGGCGACGAUACCGUCAAAGUAUGGGAUACGAGAAAUUUUAAGAGUGCUGUAUCGGUGGCGAGUGAUCUUCCAAGUUAUAAUCCCGAAACUAACGCGAUAUUUAGUCCGGAUGAACGUCUAAUAAUAACUGGCACUGCGGUUAAAAAGGGGGAAGGUUACGGAAAACUCGUAAUGAUGGAUCGUGACUCUCUACAAAUUAUUCGGACAAUGAGUAUAACACAAUCCAGUGUAAUACGAGUAUUAUGGCACUCUAGAAUAAAUCAGAUCAUAACAGGAAGCGCUGACGGCGCCGCUCACGUAUUUUACGAUCCGAAUGUAAGCGUUCGAGGAGCAAAGCUCUGUGUCGUCAAAGAGGCAAAGAAACGAGCGAUUGAUGAAUUUGAGAUCAAUCGACCGAUCAUUGCGCCACACUCGUUGGCUCUAUUUCGAGAUGAUAGACCGAAAACGACAAAAAGAAAACGAGAGAAACUUCGUAAAGAUCCGAUUGCUUCCAGGAGACCUGAUUUGCCUGUUAGUGGACCUGGUAAAGGGGGAAAAAUCGGUAGCAGUUUAACGCAACAUAUUAUGAAAGAUUUGAUAAGAGAUACGACAAGAGAUGAGGAUCCACGUGAAGCAUUAUUGAAAUAUGCCACGGUAUCUGAAACUGAUCCAAAAUGGAUAGGAACAGCAUAUAAGCACACACAACCAGUUCCGAUUUUAGCAGAGACUACCGGAGAGGAAGAGGAAGAAGAGGAAGAUCAAAAAUAA